AGGAAUUGAAAAACUCACAACAAACAAAUGCAGAGAAGCGUCAAAUUCUGUACUGGCAGCAAUUACGUUGGUAUUUAUAACAACCCACUGAAUUGCAUGGAAGGCUACGGGCUGUACGUAUAUCCCGAUGGCAGCGAAUACCAGGGGUUCUUUCGACGUGGUCGCUUUCACGGCAUCGGACGUCUCACUAUGGCAGCACCAUAUUCUUUUACAUUCAUCGGGGAGUUCGAUAACGGUGAAUUGACUAACAUCAACAAAAUGAUCUAUCCAGAUGGUUUGAUAUUUAAGGCCGAUUUCAAUAAAGCUAAAUUGAAUACCGCUAAUUGGACCUAUCUUAGCAAAACGGAUCGUCGCUAUACGCGUGAACUUUGCAUGGACUUGCCACCAGUGGUGCCAAAUGAACCGGUUUCACGUUAUAGUCCGCGGUCACUUCAACCGAACACCUACGAUACUGAGGAGGGAAUUUAUGUGGAAAAGAGUCGCUUCAUCACGAAAAUACCGCCACCAUUUUAUCAUCUACGCUUUGUUAAUUGUGAUAAAGAGAUCGAUUGGAUACGGCAAUUUUGUCGCCAUGAGGAUAGUGAUAUAGCCACUGAGCCAGACGAAGCAAUUGGACGCCAGAUUCUUGAGUCGAAUAUCAGAGCGUCUACGGAAUUAGGUGAAAAUCUGUACACUUGUACGUGUAAUACGGACAAAGGAUUACAGACAGAACGUUUAGGAAAGUUUUGUCGACGUGCUUUUCAUGAUCCCGAUGACUCAUCUUCAAGUUCACAAUACUCUAGAGAUUACAAAGAUGCGCCUAGUUCAAUGAGUACUAGCUCAUUUUUUGAGGUUCCGAUAAAACUAGAUAUGCAAACGCAAUGUGAUAACGAAGUGGCACAAUUACGCCUGAAGCCCAAUGAUCUCGGACCAGAAUAUUUCUCAUAGAAUACAAUUUUAUUCUCAAUAGAAACCCUAGAUGCUGUAAAAAUUCUACAAUGCUC